GGUUGAUAAUUUAGACUAAAGAGAGAGGACCAUGGUUCUGAGAUUCUUGGCGGGUAAUAACAGCUUAGGUUACCUAUUCCUCCUUCUCUUUCCGGAGUCGUCUCUUUACUGGAAGACUAACCACCUUCUUCUACUCUUGUUUUUCUUAACGUAUACGCCACACACAAACCAACAUAUAUUCCAAGCUUAUUCCAAGCCCACCAUAGAUUUGCAAACUGUUCCAAGCUUCUCCCAAGGUUCGCACAUCUGCUUCUGUUACUUUUAAGGUUUUACAAGGGAGUGGUCCAAAUAGUUGAGAAUCUUGAGAUUAAUACUCAACUCGGUAUCGAAUUUCUGAGGAUUAUUUGCUUCCCCUUGAGCUGAAAAAUGGGAAAGCAGUUGGAACGCCUGGACUCGAGUGUUGGGGGCAACCGUCCAGGCUGCAUGUGGAGCCUAAUGAACAUCCUUGAUUACCAUCAUUGGAGUAAUGUCAAGAAGAUUCUUCCCCACAGAAAGCGGGCGGGGGGAAAGCGAGUCAGACGCAAUUAUGGAAGUCGUAAAGCAACUUCGGAGAACCGUGAAAUUGGUAAAAGGCCAGAGUUGGUAGUUGCGGAAGCUGAAUCUUUGUUGGUCAAACAGCAUAGUACAGAAACUAGCACAGCUAAGAAAAGGUCUUGUAAAUCUCGCAAGAAAGCAUCAAGUUCAAAAGACAAACCAAGGGAAGACAGCCCCAAAAGAUGGAUUUUAAGCUUCCCUGUACAGUCAUGGUUGCGAAGGACUAGUGUUGUACAUGAUGCAGAGCCUUCGGAAAAUUGUUUGGAUACAACAAGAAACGGCAGUAUCACUAGUCCUAGAGGAUUGCAGGAUUCAUCGCACUUGAAGAUGUCGAAGAAUACAAUGAAACGGGAACUUCCUCUCAAGGACGUUUCCAGUGACACAGUUAUUGAUCAUGUUGACAUUUUGGAGUUAUUCAAAGUAAACAAGGAAUUUUUCUUUAAAAUUCUACAAGAUCCAGAAGUUAGUACAAACCAGUUUCCAGGCCUGAAAAAUUCCAAGAACAAAGUCAGAUUAACAAAAUCAAGGUCAUUCCCCUUCACUGAUUCCUCUCGAGCGAGAAAUAGGAGGCCUAGCACACUCAAACACAAGCAGAAUGAAGUUUGGUCCUUCGCAAAAGGAGAAAAAUUGCUUGCUACUACUCAGACACUGAAGUCAAUGACAUCCGAAAGUCAGGAAGACUAUUCUAUGAAGUCCAAGCAUUACAUGGAGGGUAAUAACAGCGUAGGCAGUACCAUGCAACAAGAAACAAGCUUUUCUUCUUUGGGAUUGCCUGAGGAAUUUAGUCACCAAGGAUGGAAUCAAUUGGUCAUAAAUCGUUUCAGACAUAUAACGCAGAAGCUAAUGCAUGCGCUCCAAGAGAGCAAGAAGGAAAAUUCUGGCAAUGCCAUCGAGUCUCUUUUCUGGAAAGACCCUUCUGGACGUGAUGGCAAAGAAGUGCUUGAAACGCUGGAGUUAACUACGACACAAGAGGGAAUCAAGGUUCAUGGUUUAGAUGAUAAUCUUGGGCGGCAAAGACGUCAACGUGUAAGAAGAACCUCCUCUCUAGAUGAGUCGCUUAGUAGAUAUACUCAGUUGUAUGAGAGCAGCUACAGCAGUGAUCAGAGAAACUUGCAUCACUCGAAGAGCUUAAAGUUGAAAAGUGAAGAAAAAGUUCCUUCAACUGGGAAUGCUCAGAAAACCACCAGAAGGAAUCUAUCACUGACUGAUCUUGACUCUUUUUCUUCCAUCUUAAACGGGGCAUUGGUUAAAGAUGCUUUUCGUUUAGGGAUACCGGUUACAAAAGCUGCGGAACAAAUUACCGAUAAGUCUGAACAACGCGAUGCUAUUUUAGAAAGUGACGACAGUGCAAAUAUUGCUGACAUAAAGGACAGUGAUGAGCAUGCAGUCGUGCCAUUAGUAGGAGAGAGCACAACUCACCAGGAGCAAGAGAUGGUUAUUGCGAUGAGUCGUGAAAGCGAGCAAGCACAGCCGAUGGAAAGUUCUAAUCUUGAUCCCCCAGACUAUAUAACCAGCAAUGCAAUGUUGUCAAUCUCUGAAGGUUCAGAGUUAAAUCCCGGAAGUCCCCAUGCGAAUGAGCUGAAUUCUUCUCUUGACCUACAAGGCAGGCACAUCAUAGAUUCGUUAUCGGAAUCCUCUAUAAGCACUGAAAUUGAACAUAAGAGUUCAAUCACUCACUCCUCGCGCUUUGUAGUGGACAAAGUGGAUGAUCCUGAUUCCGAAUUCAGUUACGUGAGAUAUGUUCUUGAGCUCUCAGGCUUCAUUGGUCAAGAGCACCUCGGAGCAUGGUACUCACUAGACCAGCCUCUGGAUCCCACGAUGUUCAUGGAAUUGGAGGAUUGCUUUCAGCAUGAACCCGAAUCCUACGAAGACCAGCUUACAUCCGGCAAUUGUGAUCACCGUCUUCUAUUUGAUUUAGUUAAUGAGACCCUCCUUGCGGUCUAUGAGAGGUCAUACACCUACUUCCCAAGGGCCUUGUACUUCAGUGGCAACAUCCGUCCAAUGCCCAAGGGGCAACGUCUUCUUGAUGAUGUCUGGACAAGAGUUAGCUCGUACCUGAGCUUGAGGCCGGAGAUGGAUCAAUCACUGGAUGAUGUUGUGGCUCGAGAUUUGGCAAAGGGCGAUCGUUGGAUGAACCUUCAAUGGGAAACUGAGUGUGUGGCACUUGAACUUGAGGAAUUGAUCUUUGAUGGACUAUUAGAUGAAGUUAUUUGUGCUUAAUAUUGUUGAAGCCAAAUCACAAGCUGCUAGCUAGCCUUGUACAUAAAUUUUUGUAUGUAUUUAAUUUCAGUAAUUGUAAAAGAUUUAUGUGUAAAAAUUUGUAGCUAUCAUAAGAACUUCUGACAAAAUGGAGUAUGAUAGCUUGCUCUAUAUUUAUUAUACGGAUCACGUUACAUUUA